CGAGCGAGCGUGCACUUUCUCUUCGGGGAAUGUGCGAGUGUAGUGGUUGUGCGUUAAUCGCGAAGGCCGAUUCGGCGGCUUUCUAUUCGCAUUUCCGCUCGCUUCCGCCAUUCGACCGACUGCGUCAGAGUGCAGCAUCGGAGAAUUCGCAGCGAACGGGUUCACGGGUAAUAGAGAGUGAGAAAAAGUCGAUAGCCGAAGAUAUCGAGGGGAAUCGUAUCACCGUUAGCCGCCAUUGUCGUUACCGUAUUGUGCGGGACCACAUCGGGACUCGUUCACGGCUCUCUCUCGGGUCUGACUCGCCUGAUUAUGAGCGCCGGAUCGUGACAGUUCCUCGCGAUAACUCAGAACUGAUCUCUCUCGUUCGAUCUUCGUUCCCCGUUCUGUGAUCUAAUCGUCUUCUCGUACGUUACCGGGCUCUCAAGGAGGAAAGAUGAAGCGAUGGCAGGUGUCAUGAGAACGAGGCGAACGAGCGUUCUUGUGACGUUUCUAGGAUGCUUGCUGCUCCCCGGCGCUUACACACAAGAGGAUAAUGGCGAGUACAAAGGGAAAUAUCUGGGAAAGUUGAAUCCAUAUCAUCAUCAAGUCUCCGGUGACGUCUGGGCCGUGGACCAGUACACUUUACUGCUAACAUCCUUCAAUUACGAUGGCAAUGGAGCUGACACGUUUUUCUGGGCGGGACCGUCCAACAGACCAGGGCCUCAAGGGUUUAUCGUUCCCGAUGAGUGGGGCAAGACGAAUAUAUUGUUACGGUACUUCAACAAGGAUUUCACGUUGACUUUGCCGGAUAAUAAAAAAAUAACGGACAUCAAGUGGUUCGCGGUGUACGACUUGUCGAGUCAGAAUACUUUCGGCGACGUUUACAUCCCGGAAGAAUUCGAUCCGCCCGCACCUCAGAAGAUAUCGCAGUUGAGUAGAAGAUCUCACAACAUUUCGUCGGAAUCCAUCGUGAUUUUAGACUCGAAAACCAUCAGUAUACCGCAAUUUAUCUACGACGGACAAGGUGUGGACGCGCAUUUCUGGGUCGGUCUUGGCCCACAGCCGUCUAGCAAAGGCCAGACAGUGCCCGAUGAAUACGGAUACAUGGAUUCUCUUAGGGCGUACAACAAUGAGGACAUCACAUUGGAGUUGCCCGGCGAUAUGACUGUCUUCAACAUCGAUUGGCUAAGCGUCUUCGACCUGAAAACUAAAUCGAACUACGGUUCCGUCAUCAUACCGGACGGGCUUAAUGUACCGCCGUCGUUGAUCAAAGUCAUUAAGCAAACGCAGUCUCUUCCGAAUUGCGUUCAAAUGCACAAACGCUACCAAGUCGCCUGGGAAAUCUUCGGGCCGCAGAUCACCAUCCAAUUGGCGGGCCAAGUCGAUGAAGACGAAUACAUGGCGUUCGGCUUGUCCGGCGCGGAGGAUUCCAGCCGCAUGGAAGGUGCGGACGUAGCCGUCGCGUACAUGGACGGCGCCCGCGGAUACGCCACGGAUUAUAACAUUACGGCAAAAGCACCGUGUGGGAGAGUUCUCGGCCAGUACAAAGGCGUUUGCAGAGACGAGCUUCUCGGCGGUCUGGACAGCAACCAGCUCUACACCGCUGUGCGGGAAAAUGGCAUCAACAUCAUCACGUACAGACGUACGCUCAUUUCAUCCGAUCCCGGUGACAAGGAUUUCCCCACGGAUAAAUCAGUCUACGUGGUCUGGGCUUUAGGCAGACUCGACAAAACCAACAACGAGCCCAGCUUCCACGAUUUGUACCCGAGGAGCGACGUGGUGCUGGAGUUGGGUCGCAAAGAGCCGGAGAAUACUUGCAUCGACUUCACGGAGAGUAAUGAUAAAUUUUAUCAGAGAGAACCUUGGCAGAAGGCAGAGAUAUUCGACAGAAGCGUUAGAACCUUCAGAGCGACUAUCGGACCUUCCGGAGGUAAAAGAGGGUAUCAGGGGAUUACAGGUGCGCCGUCGGUGGGUCUUGCGUGGUACAUCGAGGGUACGCUGAUACCCGAAUUAUACCUCCGCCGAGGUUUGACGUACAGUUUUCGCGUUCACGGCGGCAACAAUCCGCACAGUGCGGAGCUAUAUCAUCCGUUAAUAAUAACCGACGAGCCUCACGGUGGAUACGACACGCUGAGCGAUCUCGCGCAAAGCAAGAUCAGAGUGUUGGCUGGUGUGGAGCUGACCAGAAGAGGCCGGCCACGACCCACCGCAGUGGGGCCGCUUUGCCUGAGCAAGCACAACGGUCGAGACAGAAGACUGGACGACAAUUUCCCAUCGUUCAAGAAAUUCAAUCGGACCCUCGUGCAAACUUGCGAGUUAGGGGAAGCCGGUACCCUGGUUAUAAGUCCGAACUCAACAUGGCCCGACCUGGUUUACUAUCACUCAUUCACGCAAGCGAACAUGGGAUGGAAGAUUCACGUAGUCGAUUCUUACACGAGAAACGGCGCGAUCGCGUAUGAAUUAUCACUUCUCAUUGCGAUCGCGACCACCGUGUUUUCCCGUCUACUGUAAAAAUAGAUGUAAGAUGUAACAAGAUAUUUGCAGUUCCAAAUAUAUUUUUUUUACACA